AUGGGCAAUUGUAGUACUUGUGUUCAGGAACAACAGCAACGAUCACAAAAUCGAACGAGCUUAACAUCAGCAUCAUCGUUCGAUAACAUCUCACAUAGUUAUCAUCGAAAUCGUUUUACACAUAUUCGUAGAUUUUCAUCGUAUAAUUUAAAUUCUCUUAUUGACGAAACACUUUUAAUCGUUCGAACAGUUGCUGAUGCAGAUCAAGAACCACCGCAUGCGAUGUUGAUCGUAUCCCGUAUUGCUAAUCAUGAAGAUCGUUGGUUAGAAGUCAUGGUUGCAUUAAUUGAACGUAUACCUAUCAAUGAUCCAUUGGGUGCAACAGUGAUCGCUUUACUACUUGAUGAAUGUUCAUUGCCAUCAAAAGAACUAUUACAACAAUUAAUAAAACGAGCAUGUUCCAAUAAUCGUUCGAGAAUGAAAUUACUUGAAACAAUUAUUGAUGAACAUAUUAAACAAAUUACUAUUCAACAAGAUAGUAAACAAUCAGAAUCAUUUACAGUAAAUUUAUCGAAUGAGCCAGAUUCUGGUCAAGUAACAAAAAUUAGUUCUGAUGAAAAUAUUGAUAUUCAUGAAACAACACCAGUUAUUAAUAAUCACCCAAGUGAAGUAGAUGACGAACAAUCAUUACAAGAAAAAAUACCCAAAAUAUCAUCAUUUACCAGUCUUCGUUCAUCAAAACGAUCAGGAUCAUCUCUCAAAGCAAUCAAAAUAUCUGAUACGUCUAAUCAACGUAGAAAUGAUGAUAAUUUACAUUAUGAACGUAAUACAUUAGUUGUACUUGGUUGCCUAGCUGAAAAACUCGUGGGCCCAACUAGCGCAUCCAUGUUGGAUACAAUUGCACUUAGUUUUUUAAUUGAUCGAGUUUAUUUGGGUACAUAUGGUUAUGAACAAUUAAAAUCGUCUGAUUCUGACGAUUGCAAUAUUUCAUCGAAAUACUCAUGUGUAUUAAAAAUAAUAUUAUUUGCCUUAAUGGCUCUUGAAAAAUUUUCUCACACAUCAGAAUCUAAACAUAUUUUAUUAGAAGCAUUAACAGUGAAUGAUCAACAAACAAAAAUGAAUGUACUAGAAUAUUAUGAACCAUGGGCAAAAUCAAACAGUUGUCUUCAACGACAAAUCGGUUUUUAUGCUCAAUGGUUACUCGAUAAUGUUUUUAUUCUUGAUUAUCGGCGACCAUCCUAUGAAGCAGUUGAUCAUCAUUAUAUUAAUGUAAUGCUUAAUGAUAAAGAUGUGAGCGAAUAUUUAAAAAUUGGUCCUGACGGUUUGGAAGCUCGUAGUGAUACUGUUUCAUUCGAAAGUGUUCGAUGUACAUUUAACGUCAAUUCAGGUGCUUGGUAUUAUGAAGUACUUGUUAUUACCGAUGGUGUUAUGCAAAUUGGUUGGGCUACAAAAAAAUCCAAAUUUAUGAAUCACGAAGGUUAUGGUAUUGGCGAUGAUCAAUAUUCUAUAGCAUAUGAUGGUUGUAGAAAUUUAAUAUGGUUUGGUGCAAAAUCAAUACCACAUUCAAAUCCUUCUUGGAAAUCUGGAGAUAUUGUUGGAUGUUUAAUUGAUUUCGAUCAUCGUGAAGUGAUUUUUUCUUUAAACGGUCGUUCACUGGAUCCCAUCCGUAAAUUAUUCUCUUCGACAUCGAAUUCUACUGGCGAUGGUUAUUUUGCUGCAGCGAGUUUUAUGUCUUAUCAACAUUGUCGUUUUAACUUUGGCUCACAACCGUUUCGCUAUCCUCCGACAGCCGUUAAAUCUUUCAAAAAAUUUAAUCAAUAUGGCUUUUUAUCAGAUGACGAUAAACUCAUACUGCCGAAAUAUAAAAAAUUAGAAUUACUACGUGCAAUAAAAAUCAAUGAUCAAGAUUGUUUAAUAUGUGUAGAUCUACAUGCAAAUAUAUUAUUGAAGCCAUGUCAACAUACAGGUUUCUGUCAACGAUGUGCAUAUAAAUUAGACAUAUGCCCUAUAUGUCGUUCAGAUAUUCACGAACGGUUAAUACUAAAAAAUUGA